GUAUGCGUGAAUUUGUCUGAACUUUACAUGGUAUACUUGAAUUUCUCUUUUUGGCAAGUCAUGUUAUUGAAAUCAUGAGCCAUCAUAAAAUGGAUACAUUACAUUACGCAAUGUGUUAUGCACAGGAAGUGCUUUGUAGUUCAUUGAUGGAUGGGAAAGAGAGAAACAUUUCGUAAAAAUCGAAUCUCCGGUCAGACGAAUAGCGGUACACGUAAUAGUGCCGUAAUAUAUCUCAUUAUUAUACAAACGUAAAUAAUACAAAGCUUGAGUAAUCCAGUUCGCUCAUCAAUUUCCGCGAAACGCAGGGACACCCGUUACAACGAUUAAUGAGCAUGAGUCAUGCAUCUCUACUGCGAAUGGAAGCAGGGAAGCUGAUUCUAGACAAUAAAGCUGUUUAAUGAUGGUACAAUGCGCACAAUUCGAGAUACUGCAGACGAAAGCGUGAAUCAAGGUUGUGAAAGCUGCCAUGAAUAAAACAGAAUUCAACAUCGUCCUGAGCUCAGAGCCACCGAGAACCACUCCGAGUGUGAUUCAUUCUCACAUUCCGGUGCCCAGAGUAUCAGCCGCUAUCAAGGCCCAAGAGAGAUGUCCUCCAAAACGUAGAGGAUCCUUCGAGAGGCUCGGUCGUGGAUCCGUGGCCGCUCAACGAGCAUCCUUCGAGAAGCUCGAAGCUUCCGUUGUACAGCUGAGAUCGCGCAACAAUAAUCAACUGUCAACUUCAAGCAUCGAGAUGCGAGAUUCUGAGGAGAAGACAACACCUGUUAGCAAUUAUAAGACGAAUGAUGUCUGCAAAUUCAACAGGGAUAACAGCAGCUUCGAGAACAAGUGGAAGAAUAAAUAUGACGAGUCGGAGAAGAGGCGAAAGUUGUUGCUACAGAAGAACGAUACUGUGAUUAAAGGGCAUACAGAUUUAGAGAAAAAAUAUCAACAAUCAAGAGAAAAUAGCACACUGCAAUCGCAAGUUCAAGAGAAGGAGCAUAAAUUGCAAAAAUUGCGAACAGUUUCGGAAGCAGUGUGUAAGGAAUAUGAACAGUUAAAACAUCAAUAUGAUGUGGAAACGAAUGCAAUGCACAAAGCUAUGCAACAGGCGUCUCAGUGGUAUCGACAAAAUCGCGAACUCAAACGAAGAUCCCAAAUUAUUGCGCAAAAAUUUCAACAUAGUAAUCCGGAACAGUUGUUGGAUUUUAAUCUACCUGACGAAGUGGAUACAUCAAAUUUUGAGGAUUUGGAUGAGCUGAGACAAACAGUGAAAGAAUUGAGUAGUGAAAUAGCAAGGCUUCAGACGGAACUUCAUUCCGCGCGGCUUCAAGAAUUCGAAGCACAGGAGCAGGUGACACAAUUAACUACGCAGUUAGAAGAAGAAAGAAGUCUUCGACAAAAAGGAGAGGAGAAGCUUAAUGAGAUGAAGGUUCACAAAGGAAAUAUGGAAAGAGUUUCGAAAAUGGUGACUGAAGAAGUGCAAGCCUUGAAAACACAAUAUGAUCGUGAGAGAGAAAACGCGAAAAUUCUGAAGAUGGAAGCUGAAAAAGUCCAAAAAGAACGAAACGUUUUAGCACAUCAAAGCGCUCUUCUUUUGGCCGAGGUUGGAGAUGAUCCAAAUGGAAGAUUAUUAGCCGUUCUGCAAGAAGUGGAAACUUUAAAAAGAUUAUUAGAAGAAGAACGGCAGAAUCAUGCUUCUCAAGUACAGAUGUUACAGGAGAAAUUGGAAGAGAAAGAAUCGAAUGUAGAAUUCGAAAUUGUUGAAGAGAAACUAAAGCUCGCGGAAUCCGAGUUAGAGGUUGUUCUUCAGAGAGCCGAAAGGGCCGAGAAAGCGUUGGAAGAAUUGGAGAACGUUGUCCAAUGUUUGAAGCAGAAAGUCAGCGAGUUAGAGGAGAAAGUCUCGAAACCGCCACCGCCACCAUUACCUCCGCCUCCCCCACCAUUACCGAUGUCAAUGACUGGUAGUCAGUCAUCGAUAAAAUUACUGACUAAAGAAAAAUUGAUCUCGGAGCGUUCGGCUGUAAAGGACAUGGAAACUAUGCUUGGUAUUACUCCGAAAAAAACACCUGUGAUCGCACAACCUGCUAUUGACGAUAUUAUCAGUCAAAUCAAAGGUGGGCGAUUCACGUUGAAACAUACUGAUAAACAAAGAGAAGAGGAGCGGAAAAGACGACAAGAAGCGGAGAAUACGUCACCAGCAGUUUCUGAAAUGUUAAAUAUUCUUGGUACUAUGAGACGGAGAGCCAAGCCAAUAAGGCAAUCGUUCAAAUUUGCAGAUGCACCAUCGUAGUAAUGGAUAUUCCGUAAAUAAAAACAAUCUAUAAUUCCAAAAAGA